AUGGUACGUACAUCAUGGGUAUAUCUUUUGAGGAAGGAAGAGCUGAGUCAGUAUCUGGAAGAAUUUGCAUUAGAGGCGACGGGUUCAGUGGAAGAGAUGCGGAGGAGGCUGACAACGUUUAUUACUGGAGAACACAAAGAUAAAACGCUAGCCAGGUUAGAAGAAUUGGAAUCGCGACAUAGCCGAAGUGCAACUCCAACUGCUCUAGAGCUUCCAACUGUUUCAUUUGGCGGAAGGUCCCCUCAACAACCUAUAUUAUCUCCUGGGACGGCGUCGUCGCAACGUGCGGCUAAUCACACGCCACAAAUGUCUUUGUGGUCUUUUCGUUUUGAUGGCGGGAAAGACCCGCUGAGUUUUAUGGAAAGAGUGGAAGAGAUGGCUGAAGUGUAUGAGCUAAACACGGAUAUGCUACCAAGAACUAUGCCGGAACUCUUAAAGGAUAGCGCUCUUUUGUGGUUUAGGAAUAACAUUCGACACUGGCAAUCUUGGGUAACCUUUAGACAGGAUUUCCUGGCAUUUUUUUUACCGCCCUGUUACUUUGAGGAGCUUGGCGAUCAAAUUCGGAAACGCCAGCAGAAACCUCGUGAGACGUUCCGGAACUACGUAAUCGAGAUGCAAGACAUGAUGCGACAUGCAGGGUACUCUAAAGAUGAACAAGUCGAGCGAAUAUUUCGGAACUGCGCGGUGGAUUAUCAGUUGUACAUUCGGAGAAACGAUUUCAAAACCUUGGACGAGUUGAUUAAGAUGGCUGAGAAUUAUGAGGUUAUAAGAGCAAACCACCCAGAAGUAGGCCGUGAGUAUCGCGAAAACCAUCAGACAGGGCCUCGUAGAGAUGAUCGAACAAGACAAGUUUUAACGUCCGACGAAGCUCCAGCCAUUAAUCCGGCUACAGCAUCAAAUGUUCACAUCGAUGGCAUUGUUAAAGACGCAACUAUUGACACCGUAGCAUCAAAGAGUUACAUAAGUGAAGCAUUGGCGAGACAACUGCGUGGUGCGAGUGAUGUAAGGAAAGUGGAAAACAGAAUAAGAUUGGCGAAUGGCGUAACCGUGGACAUUAAAGAAGCGGCCGAAGCAGAAGUGAGGUUAGGUAACGGCUUUUGUAGCUUGGAGUUUGGAGUAAUGCCAGGUAUAAUGGAUGAAGUUCUUCUGGAGUUAGAUUUCCUAAAGAAAAUGAAGGUAGAGAUACGAUGUGCCGACCAGUCCAUAGCGUUGGAGACCCAGGAGCAGGUGGUGAGAUCGAUUGUGAGUGAGCCUGUGACAGCCACCCAAACGGAAGAGGAGAAGAUUUCCGAGUUUGAAGGAGUAGAAGGCCCAACAACACUGGGAAUUCACAAGAUAGUUUUAAAAGAUGACAGACCGGUAAGACAAAGGUACAUGCAACGGAACCCGGAGAUGCAAAGACGAAUAUAUCAGGAAGUAUACGAUCUAAUUUGUAAGGAAUAUAUCGAGCCGUCCAAUAGCCCCAAGAAAAACGGUACUCUAAGGUUAUAUGUAAAUUACCGUCAACUGAAUGCAAAAACUAUCCCAGAUGCGUAUCCGUUACCCCGAAUUAACAACAUCCUGGAUCGAUUACGAAAUGCAAAAUACAUCAGUAGCAUAGAUUUAAAGAAUGGUUAUUGGCAAAUACCGAUGUCAGAAGAAAGUAAAAAGUAUACAGCGUUUACAGUGGCCGGAAAGGGACUAUUCCAGUGGAAAGUUAUGCCCUUCGGGCUAACUUCAGCUCCUGCCACCUUUCAAAGAACUCUAGAUAGGGUGAUUGGCGCCGAAAUGGAACCGUAUGCAUUUGCUUAUCUCGACGAUAUUGUAGUAUUAGGUGGAUCACUGGAGGAACACAUGAGAAAUUUGAAAGAAGUACUGAGAAGAUUACGUGAAGCCCGGCUUAAAAUAAAUGAUGAAAAGUGCAAAUUCUUUCAAAAGGAGAUCAGGUAUCUAGGACAUCUUGUGACACAGAAUGGCAUUCAAACUGAUCCAGAAAAGGUUGCAGCGAUCAAGGAUCUAAAGCCACCCAACAUCCUGGUACAGGCGUUUUGUACCCCUAACCUCGUUGCUGAAAAAGGGAAACAUUUUAGAUGGAAUGAACCACAACAACAAGCAUUCGAUUCCCUGAAGAAGCUCCUUACGGAAGCACCCGUUUUGGCAUGCCCAGACUUCUCGAAAGAAUUUACGCUACAGAUAGAUGCAUGUGAUUAUGGCAUAGGUGCAGUACUUACACAGGAGAUAGAAGGUCAGGAAAUAGUUAUUUCGUAUGCGGAGACAAAUUAUUCGGCCACGGAGAAGGAAUGUCUGGCGAUAGUGUGGGCUGUGUGGACGGAUAAGUUCUCGAAAUGGUCGGAGUUAGUUCCCUUACGAAGAGCAACUGGAGAAGCCUUACAGAAAGCGUUUCGAGAACGCAUUUUAGCAAAUUUUGAUGUCCCAAAGAUCCUAAUCACAGACAACGGGUCACAAUUUACCUGUAAGUCGUUUCAGAAAUACCUGAAGGAGAUCGGAACCCAACAACAACUUACUGCACCCUAUACUCAGGAGAAUCCUACCGAGCGUGUCAACAGGACGGUCAAGACAAUGAUAUCCCAAUACGUGGGUGCGAACCAAAAAACCUGGGAUGAACUAAUACCUAAGCUACAGUUGGCAUUAAAUUCAUCAAAGUCAGAGUCAACCGAUUACAGUGCAUCUUUCAUCGUCCAAGGGAGAGAACCAAGGUUGCCAGGAGCAUUAUACGACGAAGUCACUGGAGGCACCGGAACUGAAAAUUGUUGCCCAGAAGACAAGGCUGAAAUGUUAAAACAAAUAUUCAGUCUGGUAAAGAACAACUUAGGUAAAGCUGCGAGGGAUCAAGCCCGAUAUUAUAAUCUACGUCGCAGACCAUGGAAGCCGGAAAUUUGUGAGUUGGUACUUGUAAAAGAGCAUCAUUUAUCUAACGCAGGUGAAAACUUUGCUGCAAAAUUGGCCCCCCAAUUGGCCCCAAUCUCCAGUGAUUGUUGA